GCCAAAAGAAAAGAAAAGCAUCCCACUCUUGCCUAUGUUGUUUGAACGUCGCUUCGAUUCAUUUCAGUCCAUCUUUCAUCACAACAGAUGCACAGAUCGCCAUUGACGGUCAUCAGUGCGAUCGCAGCUCAGCCUCAGCAGCCGGCUUCACUCGGCGCUGCUGCCGCGUCCGCUGCGCUGCGAGGUCUUGCCGCAUUGCCAGCGUACGCACCCAUCCAUGCUGGACGAUCAUCCGUCGCUGCGACGACCGCCGUGACUGCGCGAUGCUCGUCGUCGUCCUCAUCCACACGUGCGCCGUUCCCGCCAAGACCAAGUCACACAGCGGCCGACGAGCCCGCCCUGGCAGUCCCAGUGCCAACCCACGAUGCCACAAUGUCAUCCUCAUCCGCACCAUCCUCCUCAGCAUUAGCGACGGCCGAGCUGGAACCGCCGCGCGGGGAGCAAAGACCGGAUGACGCGACGCUGCUCAGAAUGGCCGCGUUCGCGACCGAGCGGCGAAAGUCGACGAUCGCGGAGGAAGCUGCGCGGCGAUAUCACGUUGACCGCGAUCUUCUGGACAUGGUCCAGACACCGGUGAGCCCGGCGCGGGCCAGACGCACGGCGGAGGCAAUGGCUGCACCGCCAAUCCCCGUCCACGAGCUGGAGGCGUUUGUGCACGAGCGGCAAUGCCCAGGAUGCGGAACGGCGUUUCAACUGCGCAAUGAGAUGCAGCUCGGAUAUGUCUCUCCAGCAGCCAUCGAGGAGCGCUUGAAGGCGCGCCAAAUCAAGGGCACACCGCCCGGGCCCAACAACAACAAGAAGCGCAAGGCGCAGCCGCGAUCGUCAAAGCUGCCGGCAACGGAUGGUGCCACCAGCAGUCCGCUGUCUCUGUCGCUCGAGGAACAAGCAGCCAUCCUGCAUGCAUCUCCAGAAGAGGCGGAGCGCUUGCUCGGCAAUGCACUGCGCAGAUCCAAUGGCGACGACACCGCACCAGCAGCUCCUGCAGACACGACCGCAGACGCCUCUGAAGGCCAACCAAGUCCUCAGCCUCGUGUUCAAAUUGUCACUUCGGCCCGCGUUGCAUCGCCCAGCGAUUUGAUUUGCAAGCGCUGCCACCAGCUCACCCACAACAACCAACUUCUCCCCGUCCAAAUCGAUCCAGCCCACUUCCAGGAGCAGCUGGCCCCCAUCCGCUCCAAGGAGGCCUUUAUCGUGCAUGUGGUUGACGUCACCACCUUCCCGUGCUCGAGUCUCCCCAACCUCGAAGAGUACGUCGGCAGCAACCAGCGCAUCUUUUUCGUCGGGAGCAAAGCCGACUUGCUGCCUGGCUACGACAAGCAUCUUUCGCGCAUUCGCCAAUGGUUGUCGCGCCUCAUCAUCAAUCACUACUCGCCCGCUGUUCGCUCGCACAUUGUCGGCGUUCACCUCGUCAGCGGAAUGAAAGGUACCGGCUGCUGGACACUCUUGGACGCCAUCCAGCGCCUUCGAGGUGGCCGCGACGUGUACGUUGUGGGCUGUGCCAAUGUGGGCAAAUCCACCCUUGUCAACAACUUGCUCGACAAAUUGCGGGUGCUGAACGAGUCGCGUUCGCCCGUGACCUCCAUCACAACGAGCGGCGUUCCCGGCACCACGAUUGGCCUGCUCGGCUUCCCACUGCUGUCGCUAUCGUCGUAUGCCGGGCGACUCGAUCGUGCGGAAAGUUCCCGCAGGGUGGAGCAGCUUCGAUUGGCCGCUCGCGGUGCCAUGGACGCCAUUCACGCAACAGAACGCGCGGUCGCCAUGCUGCAAGAUUCCAACUCCACGGGCGGCCUCGGGCGCUCCCAUUCUCACACAGCCCAAGGCUUGCAGUCGCGCGAUGCGGCCGCUGUUGACAAGGACGCCGUCCCGCUUUCCCGCUUGGAUCGACGCUCGAUCUUGCGCGAUGUGGCCGACGAGGAGCUCCAGCGCUCGGGCUACCUGUUUGACACGCCCGGCAUCAUGUCGCCGCACCAAAGUCUGCAUCGCUUGUCCGCCGCCGACAUUUCCGCCGUCAUUCCGACAAAGCUGAUUGUUCCACAAGUGUUUCGGCUCAAUCCAGGCCAAUGCGUCUUUAUUGGCGGCCUUGGUCGCUUGGAUGUGCUCUCGAGCGCGGACGGCGCCGUGUUGGUGACUGUCUUUGUUUCGAACACGGUCAAACUGCAUGCGACACGGAUUUCCAAUGCCGAGGACUUUUACCAGCGACACCUCGGCACCCCGCUGCUGUCGCCACCCUUUUUCAACGAGUCUGAGCUUGCCGCACGUCGUCAAGCCAGAAAAUCCGACUCGGGAGUCGAUGAGAGCAGCACUCCAGUCAGCGUCUCCGGCGAGAUCACGGAGCAACAGACCCCGUCACCUUCCGGCGCGCCGGCGACAGAAACCCAGGCGACUCCAGCGGCACCCAGACGAGCAGCGGUCAAGCAGAUUCUCAACCGCGUGGCCCACGGAAAGGCGCUGACAGAUGAGCAAAUCACCAUUCUGCGCAACUCGGGCCUGCCCUUUGACGAAUCGCUUGUCGUGCGGAAACAGCAGUCGGUCGCACCAGCAGACCGAACCUCUCGUCCAGCUCCGUUGGGCGCGUUGAGUGGGCGCGCGUUUUCAUUCCACGGCGCCGGAAUUCGCCAAAGUGUCAUGGAUGUGGUUUUCUCUGACGUUGGUUUUGCAUCGCUCGCAGCACCCGACAUGGCCAAGGUCGAGAUCAAAGCACAUACACCAGGCGGAGUCGGAAUCUUCCUCCGCCCUUCGCUCAUGCCGGACGCCGUCAACGUCCAUGGCCACCGCGGGAUUGGUGGACAGAGUUCGCAGCUUGCGCGCCGUCGGUGGUCUAGUCACAAGUAAAUUGUUUGGCUUUUUUUUUUUGAGGUUGGAACGAGGACGCUUUGUAUUGGAUUAAAAUGUAU